AUGGUGGCUUAUCGUCAGGCGGUUGAAAACAUUGCUGGUCACUUUAAGGGGUACCAGGUGGAUCACAUUGAUCGACGGAAAAAUGAGGCAGCUGAUGCUCUGCCCUGGCUUGGAUCUCAACGUAAGCCGGUGCCCCCUAAUGUGUUCCUCGACGUCUUACACAAUCCUUCGGUCAAGUUACCAUCUGAGGAGGAUCUUGCUAUACCUGACCCGGAGGGACAGUUGGUGGCGGCUCUCCAUGCUAUUGCUGACUGGACGCUUCCUUAUCUGGCUUAUCUUACUCGUGGCGAGUUACCCGACGAUGAAAACUUGGAAUGA